AUGGACACACAUGGGGACAUUUGGGAGAAAUAUGUCAAGAACAGUCCUGCUGUGAAACCAUUCAAGACCAAGGGGUUCUCGCACUUCAACACAAUUAACCAGAUCAUGCCCCAUGGGCCAAGUGCUGCAAAAGGAAAGUUCGUCAAGUACCUUCCCAUCUGCCAGAUUCCCCUGCAAUCCCUCAUGCAACCAGUGCGCACUAUCAUCAAUGUCAUCAUCACCAGUGAUAUCUAA